UAUGUGUGUUGAACACCACUGAAGACAAUGUUAGCAGCUGUUAGAUUUAAUAGUAGGGGGGAAAUGGUUAAAUUUUAGUUUUUAUACGCUAUUUUCGUCUUCCGGGUUUAAAAUCUUCAUCCAGUUCACGUCACAGGCUGUGACGGGGCAGAGCACAGAUAGUAACUUGAUGACUCAUCGUUGUCUCAUAAUUAUUAACGAGACUGAGUUUUUUAUCCAAUGAGAAGACAAUCUCUUAAUUAUUCAUGACACCACGCGGAUCUUCCCAACGACAGACUUGUCAAGCAAGCUGUGAUAUCGCGCAGUAGAUGAGUGAGGCGAUCAUGGGACGCAAGUGUUUGUUUUCGUGGUGCAAAAGUUCAACUGGGUUGCAUAUGUUUCCCCGCGAUGCUGCCAGGGCUAGACUCUGGCUUCGGGCGGUUGGUUGGCCAUCAACCACGGACACAUCCAGAUUAUAUGUGUGCAGCAAACAUUUUUCGAGAGAGAGCUUUGAGAAUUGGAGAAUGGUGGACUUUGGCCUUGUUGACGACCAAUGCAAGUUGCGUCUCGCGAUUGAUGCGGUGCCAAUUCCCGAGGACUUUUCUAUCCUUUCAGAGCCUAAACUGUGUUGCGAGAUGGCGUGUCAGACCGAACAGCCCGCCAAAAAAGAUGCUGCAUGUCAAACCCAUCCCGACAUGAAGCAUAUGUCAACGCAACAUCGCUGGAAACCUGAACGAAGGAGCAAGAGCACUCAGGUGAAGCAACAGAAAAGGCAUGUUGGUUGCAACACUUCCACACCAUUCAUACCACUAGAAAAAGGUCCUCUUGCAACCUCUACCCCCUUGAAAAGGCCCAGAAGAGAGGCUGAGGAUUCUGAUUGUAGUUUCCAACCAGGAAUGACUGACAGCAGCAUCUAUAAUGAGAGCACUGUAAUUGCAACACCACCCCAUAUAAUGAGGAAAUUCAUUGUUUAUGAGGAAAACCUCAUGGACCUGUUCAAGAAUUGCCCUGCCUGCUCGAGACACUCUGCAAUAAAGAGCAGAACAGUGGGUACAGUUCUACAUGUGGACCAGACCUGUGUUCAUUGUGAACAUCACAAACAGUGGGCCAGCCAACCAUAUGUCAAGAACAUACCAGCUGGAAAUCUGCAGCUUGCUGCUGCUGUGCUCUUUAGUGGCUCAUCCUUCUUGCAAGUCACCAAGUUUAUGCAGGCAUUCAACAUUCAGGGGAUUUGCCACACUACAUACCUGAAACACCAAAGGACAUUCCUAUUCCCAACAAUCAAUUGGCAGUGGAAACAGCAUCAAAAUACUGUGAUUGCAGAAGCACUCAAAGGAAGGAAUGUAGUUCUGGGUGGGGACAUGCGUGCUGACUCACCUGGACACAGUGCAAAGUAUGGAACAUACUCGCUGAUGGACCUCAGAGCAAACAAGAUCAUGGAAAUUCAGCUCAUUCAGAGCAAUGAAGUCGGCAACAGUCAGCGUAUGGAGAAGGAAGGUUUAGAAAGAAGCCUGAGAGAGCUAGAGCAGAGAGGAGUAACUGUGCGAAAGAUUGUCACUGACAGACAUCCUGGUGUGAUGAAGUUCCUCAGAGAGAGUAGACCAAGUAUUUUGCACAGAUAUGAUGCAUGGCACAUGGCAAAAGGUGUUGGCAAGAAAAUUGAUGAGCUUGCAAAGCAAAGAAGCUUCAAAGAGGUUGGCCCCUGGAAAAAAAGCAUCGUGAAUCACCUUUACUGGUGUGGAGCCUCAUCAUCAUCAGGAAAGGAAAUUGUUGCAAAAUGGAGAUCUGUUGUUAACCAUGUACAAGAUAUCCAUGAGCAUGAAGGUGAAUUCCAAAGAUGCCAGCAUCCUCCUCUUGUUGGUGACCAGGCAAGACAGUGGCUUAAACCAAGUACUGCUGCAUGUGAAAAGCUCACUCAGGUCAUCUUGGCACCCAAGUUGCUGAAAGACCUAGAGAACCUAAGUUCUGACUUCCAGACGUCAGGACUGGAGUCAUAUCACAGUCUGAUCCUCAAGUUUGCACCAAAGAGCGUGGCAUUCUCUUUUGUGGGGAUGCUGUGCCGGACUCAACUUGCAGCCAUGCACUACAAUGAAAAUAGCGGAAGACCACAAGCAACAACAGCUGCAGGGGAGCUCCGAUGGCACAUGCAGUAUCCACGCUACAGAAGAGGAGAGUACACAGUACGACUUCUGAAAAGAAAUCCCACAUUUGAAUAUGUCUACAGAUUGCAGGAUCUGCUUUUUGAAAGUGUGUUGGAGCAGCCACAACUGUUUCAGGAAUCUCUAAAAGGACUGAAAGUUCCUGACCACCUCUGCACCCAGUUUCAAAGACCUGAAAAGAGUGAAGCUGUUGCACAACACACGUCACGAUUUAGACCACCUUCUGUCUGUCUGUGAUCUAAAGUUAAUAAACAAAUUACAUGGAAAAAUUGAAA